AUGAUGGCCAUAGAUCAACCAUACAUACCGGGUUUCAAGAAUCAUCGUCCUCCAUAUACUUAUCGCAUAGGAUCAACUUAUGCUUCACAAACAAAAAAAGCACUUGUAGAACCAGCAACUACACUGAGAGAAGAUUUAAUUUUGCCGAAUAGAUUAACUGAUGAUUUUACUUUACAUACACGAGUAACAAAUAUUAACAUGAAAAAACUGCCAAAGGUGUACAGAAAAUGUCUACGCGAAAUCGAUGUGGUACGAUCGAGAUAUAUGUACCAAAAUCCGUCAUAUAAGCAUGCAGCUCCCGGAUUCGAAGGGCUCUUACCCAAACAACAUGGGAGGUAUGGCCAAAGAGCUCGUGUUGAAGCCAUGGAAGGAUUAACACCAUUACAAAAACUGCAAUCCCAAAAUAUACAAGCAACCCAAGCCGUGAAAAAUCGUAUGCCCAAGGCUCUCGAAUUUAAUCAAUCUAAAUGGAUAUCUGAUAUAGAACAAAGAAGCGAUUUUUCAAUGCCUUUGCAAGUCGUGAGACCAGAAAUGAUGGGUGUGGUUACAACGGUACCAGUUUGCGAACCAUGUUUACCGCCUCCAACUUAUGAUGUGCACCCAUUUUUCAUGGGCCGAGAGAGACCUGAUCUUGGUAAAGAAAAGUAUAAACCGUACGAGUUCCCCAAAUUCAGCGAAGGCCACCCAAAUAUUAUACCGAUGGCCAUGGUAGAAUUUACAAAUAAUUAUCAAUAUAGACGAGGAGAACAGUGGUGUCCAAUCGGAGAAGCAGGGGUCUCUUUCAUUGGCGGAGGUGCCGAUGGAUAUCCUAUAUACCAUAAGAGUUUAGGCCAGUUGCCUGGAUAUAUGGGACACAUACCAGGAAAUAAUAUCAGGGUUGGAAAAACGUUUGGUAAAAACUCUAUAGAUGGAAAACGCUGGUUGCGUGGAGAUUAUUCUAAUUGA